AUGUCUCUAGGCAGGAAAGCGACCCUUAACACCUACUAUCAGAUUCCGCCGGUCCCGGUGAAGUCGGCGCGGGUGUUUUUGAGGCUCUCAAAGCUGGCUAUCGCCAUCUUGGAGAACGCAAUUUCGAACCAAAAUGCCCUUAUUGGAUGCACGCUCCAGCUAUGGAAAUCAAAGAGAGCAAUGAUCAGCCUUCCCCAGAGCAAAGUCAAAAGCGUAGGGGUAUCCAACCACACAAUUGAACAUAUCGAAGCCCUUAUCAAGGCAACCGGGGUUGUUCCUGCUGUCAACCAGGUUGAACGCCACCCUCUCCUUCAGAGCAAUGACCUAGUGAAAUAUUGCAAGGAGAAGGGUAUCCACAUCACUGCAUACUCGGCAUUUGGAAAUAACAUGAUUGGAGAACCACUUCUUAUUACUCGCCCAGAGAUUAAAGCGAUCGCGGACCGACUCUCCGCCACGCCCGCCCAAGUCCUGCUUGCCUGGUCUCAAGUCGGUGGCCACAGCGUCAUCCCAAAGUCGGUCACACCUGCUCGAAUCGUCGAGAACUUCAAGGAGAUCAACUUGCCUCCUGAUGACAUUGCGACCAUCAACGACCUGGGUAAGGUGCCGAAGCGUUACAAUACACCUUAUGCAUACUACUCACCUCGAUGGGAUAUCAAUAUCUUCGGUGAUGAAUUGGAAAAGGGAGCGACGCAUAAGGUCAUUCUGUGA